GAAAAAGCAAAGAAAACACGAGACUGAUAUGCAAGUUGGAGCUGUAAUCUCUCUGCCCAAUUCCAGCCUCAAUCUCUCUGCCUUUGUCUUUUCUCUUCAUUGGCUAGCUUACGCAUACAAGCAAAAACCACUGCUCUGCCUCUAAUCAUAAUUCUCUCUAUCUCCAUUAGCUGAUUCUGGAGAAGGAGCAAAUCGGCUAAUGGCUGGGAACGAUUGGAUUAACAGCUACCUCGAGGCAAUCCUCGAUGUCGGCCCUGGCCUUGAUGAUGCUAAGUCGUCUUUGCUACUCAGAGAGAGAGGAAGAUUCAGUCCCACUCGAUAUUUCGUCGAAGAAGUCAUCACUGGAUUCGAUGAGACCGAUCUCCACCGCUCCUGGGUUAAGGCUCAGGCGACGAGGAGUCCGCAGGAGAGGAACACCAGAUUGGAGAAUAUGUGCUGGAGGAUUUGGAACUUAGCUCGCCAAAAGAAGCAGCUUGAGGGAGAGCUUGCCCAAAGGAAUGCUAAACGUCAUCUUGAACGUGAAAGAGGCCGCAGAGAGGCAACUGCUGAUAUGUCUGAAGAUCUAUCGGAAGGAGAAAAAGGAGAUGCAGUAGGUGACGUAUCGUCUCAUGGUGAUAGUAACAGAGGCAGACUGCCUAGAAUCAAUUCUGUUGAUGCAAUGGAGGCAUGGGCUAGUCAGCAAAAGGGCAAAAAGCUGUACAUUGUGUUAAUAAGCCUUCAUGGUCUAAUACGAGGUGAAAAUAUGGAGCUUGGACGUGAUUCCGAUACUGGUGGUCAGGUUAAAUAUGUUGUGGAACUUGCAAGGGCUUUGGGCUCAAUGCCAGGAGUCUAUCGAGUGGAUUUGUUAACUAGACAAUUAUCAGCACCAGAUGUAGAUUGGAGUUAUGGUGAGCCCACAGAGAUGCUUACCCUUAGAAACUCAGAAGAUUCUGAGGAUGAGAUGGGGGAGAGCAGUGGUGCCUAUAUUGUUCGUAUACCCUUUGGAACAAAGGAUAAAUACAUCCCUAAAGAAAAUUUGUGGCCUUACAUCCCUGAAUUUGUUGACGGUGCUCUUAACCACAUAAUUCAGAUGUCCAAAGUUCUGGGAGAGCAAAUUGGUGGUGGGAAGCCAAUCUGGCCUGUUGCCAUCCACGGACAUUAUGCUGAUGCAGGCGAUUCUGCUGCUCUUCUAUCAGGUUCUUUAAAUGUGCCAAUGCUUUUCACUGGUCACUCACUUGGCCGGGAUAAGUUAGAACAGCUACUAAAACAAGGCCGAUUAUCGAGGGAUGAAAUAAAUUCUACAUACAAAAUAAUGCGUCGGAUAGAGGCUGAGGAAUUUUCGCUGGAUUCUUCUGAAAUAGUCAUAACUAGCACUAGACAGGAGAUUGAUGAGCAGUGGCGCUUAUAUGAUGGUUUUGAUCCAAUACUGGAGCGUAAACUGCGAGCAAGAAUCAAGCGUAAUGUGAGCUGUUAUGGCAGGUUCAUGCCUCGCAUGGCUAUAAUUCCUCCUGGGAUGGAGUUUCAUCACAUUGUUCCCCAAGAAGGGGAUAUGGACGGUGAAGUGGAAGGAAAUGAGGACCAUCCUACUUCUCCUGAUCCACCAAUAUGGUCUGAGAUAAUGCGCUUCUUUACGAAUCCUCGUAAGCCUAUGAUACUUGCCCUUGCUAGGCCAGAUCCCAAAAAGAACAUCACAACUUUGGUUAAAGCAUUUGGAGAAUGUCGUCCAUUAAGAGAGCUUGCUAACCUUACGCUAAUUAUGGGUAACCGAGAUGGAAUUGAUGAAAUGUCAAGCACAAAUGCUUCUGUUCUUCUUUCAGUGCUUAAGCUUAUUGACAAGUAUGAUCUGUAUGGGCAAGUUGCAUACCCUAAACACCACAAGCAGGCUGGUGUCCCUGACAUAUAUCGUCUAGCAGCAAAGACAAAGGGUGUUUUCAUCAAUCCAGCCUUCAUUGAGCCAUUCGGGCUUACUUUGAUUGAGGCAGCAGCUCAUGGUUUGCCCAUUGUUGCCACAAAAAAUGGAGGCCCAGUGGACAUACACCGGGUACUGGACAAUGGUCUUCUUGUUGAUCCUCAUGAUCAGCAGUCUAUUGCUGAUGCUCUUCUAAAGCUUGUUGCUGACAAGCAGCUUUGGGCAAAAUGCCGACAAAAUGGAUUGAAGAAUAUUCACCUAUUCUCAUGGCCAGAGCAUUGCAAGACUUACCUAUCACGAAUAGCCAGCUGCAAACCAAGGCAUCCACAGUGGCAAAAAGAUAAUGAUGGAGCUGAUACUUCAGAUACAGAUUCACCAGGUGAUUCGUUAAGGGACAUACAUGAUAUAUCUUUGAACUUGAAGUUCUCAUUGGAUGGAGAAAAGACUGGAGCUAGUGGAAAUGAUAAUUCUCUAGAAUCUGAAGGAGAUGCUGAUAGAAAGGGUAAGUUAGAGAAUGCUGUUUUGGCAUGGUCAAAGGGUGUUUUGAAGAACACACAAAAGACUGGAUACAUAGAAAGAGGAGAACAAUACAAUAGUUCUGGUAAGUUUCCAGCUUUGAGAAGGAGGAAACAAAUUUUUGUCAUUGCAGUGGAUUUCGAUGCCAUUUCUGGGCUUAUAGAGGCAACUAGAAAAAUUUUCGAGGCUGUUGAAAAAGAAAGGACUGAAGGCUCAAUAGGGUUCAUAUUGUCAACGUCUUUGACCAUAUCUGAGAUACACUCAUUUCUGGUCACAGGGGGAUUUAGUCCCAGUGAUUUUGAUGCUUUUAUAUGCAACAGUGGUAGUGACCUAUUUUACUCAAAUCUUAAUUCAGAGGAUGGUCCCUUUGUGGUUGACUUUUAUUACCACUCACAUAUUGAGUACCGAUGGGGUGGAGAAGGGCUAAGAAAGACUUUGGUUCGCUGGGCUACUACAGUUAAUGAUAAAAAGGCUGAGAAAGGGGAACAGAUUGUUACAGCAGCCGAACAGCUUUCAACCAACUAUUGUUAUUCUUUUACCGUGCAAAAGCCAGGAGUGGUUCCCCCUGUUAAAGAGCUCCAGAAGUUGCUGAGGAUUCAGGCUCUCCGAUCCCACGUUAUAUAUUGCCAAAAUGGGACCAGGAUAAAUAUAAUUCCAGUAUUGGCUUCUCGCUCCCAAGCCCUAAGGUAUCUUUAUGUUCGGUGGGGCAUUGAUUUGGCAAAUAUGGUGGUUUUUGUUGGAGAAUCUGGGGACACAGAUUAUGAAGGAUUGCUUGGUGGGCUACACAAGAGUGUAAUAUUAAGGGGAGUUUGUAGUAGUGCAAGUAACCAACUCCAUGCCAACAGAAACUACCCUCUCACAGAUGUUAUAGCGUCAGACAGCCCCAAUAUUGUUCACACAGCUGAAGAAUGCACCAAGUCUGAUAUCCGGGGUUCCUUGCAGCAAUUAGCAUGUGUCAAGGGCUAGAUAGUCCCACACUUACCCUUCAUCAUUCAAAUUUGUUCUAGACCUUGUCUAUGUUGCUUUUAUCAUAAGGAGUACCCGGUUGCUUCCAUGCCAAGCAUCUCAUAAUUAUGGCAUUCUCAUCAUUUUUCGAUCCUCAAGAAGCUUGCUUGUGAGUAUUUCGUGUAGAUUCAAACCCCAUUUUACUUUCUACUUUUUCCAAUUUGUUUAUUCCCAUAUUGAGUCCAUCCUUGAGUGCUUUAUUGGCCUGCAAGUUUCUAAUGCCUUCCUCCGUGACACUUGUGUCCAAUUUCUUUGGCUAUUGUACACAGUUGCAUGUACUUUUGGUAUGUUUCUAUCAGAUAAGUGUUACCAUAUAUAAAAAUAUUAUCUCUGCAUGUUUGCAAUACUACUACAUGAAAAUAAAGCCUUCUGUUUCAUUUUGUCC